AUGACAGAUGGCGUUGCAAUGUUGACGAGGGCUAAGGAAAAUUUAAUUUUUACAAUGAGUGCUUUAUCAGAAAAUGAACGCAUUGCAUUAUCACAGUCAAAACGUGAAUUUAUUGAAAUGUGUUCAUUUAAUGGCAAACAAUGCGACAUUGAAUCUGAUUUUAAACUCCAUGUUGAUCCAGAAUUCGGUAAUUGCUACACAUUUAAUUGUAAUGGAAGUAGUAAUCACACAAGCAGUAAAGCUGGUCCCAUGUAUGGUAUACGAGUACUAUUAUUUGUGAAUACAACAGAUUACAUGUCAACAUCAGAAGCUGCUGGAAUACGAUUAGCAGUUCACAGUCAGACAGAUUUCCCAUUUCCGGAUACAUUCGGAUACAGUGCUCCAGUUGGCUUUGCUUCUUCCUUUGGUCUAAAAAAACACGUUGUGCAACGUUUAUCUGCACCUUAUGGUGAUUGUCAGCGGGAGAAAAAAACAAAUUCGAGUGUUUAUAUAUACGGUGAUUAUGAUUAUAACCCUGAGGGAUGCCAUAGGAGUUGUUUUCAAAAUACAUUAAUUGAAAAAUGUGGCUGUGGUGAUCCACGUUUUCCAGUGCCCAAAGGCAAAAUGCACUGCUCAGCUUUUAAUGCUACAGCAAGGGAUUGUUUGGAGAAAGUAAUCGCUAUAAUUGGCGAUUUUCAUCACAUUGCUGAAAGUUUAACAGAUUGUACAUGCAAGCAAUCAUGCGAACAUGAAAUUUAUAGCGUUACAUUUUCAGCUUCUAAAUGGCCAUCUGGUGCUACUGAUCUUGGAAAUUGCGAUCCGAGCAUGAGUGAUAAGGAAUGCGAAUUGUUUUAUAGCAAAAAUGCUGCGAUGGUUGAAGUUUAUUAUGAACAGUUAAAUUAUGAAUUAUUAAAAGAAACUGAAGCGUAUGGGCUUGUAAAUUUACUAGCCGACGUCGGUGGUCAUCUUGGCUUAUGGAUGGGUUUCAGUGUGAUAACAAUAAUUGAAUGUGCGGUUUUGUUUAUUGAUCUGAUCACUUUGUGUUGUAAAAAACGAAAAGAAAUGCAAAAGGUCAAGAGGUCAACAAGGAAACAAGACGAAAUACUGGCAAAAAAUGAAGACCAGAAAGACAAAAAAUUUGAAGUUGAUCAAAAAGCAACUCGUGAAGAUAGUUUCUUAGCAAACCUAAAACAUAUUGAUGAAAGUAGCCUUGUAAUAACAACUUGA